CGAAACAUUGGGGGAAAACCCUUUCAGGUAUUCAAUAUAUGGUAAAAAUUCCUGAUAAGGUAAAUCAACAAUAUGAAAUGGAGAAGAAAGCAUUUAACAACGACAUGUUCUCACGAGAGUGAAGCUUAGCAACAAAGUGUUGUGAAGAUGGUUUACUGCAAAUACACUUUUAUCGACACGAUCGAGUGCGAGUUUGGAUGCUGUACGCAUGGAUGUUGUACACAGAAACAGGCGGAGGAGAAUGACGCAGCCAACAAACAUACAUUGACGAUCGCCCUGUCGGUGGUUGGUGGGGUGGUGGGCGGCUUCAUGGUGCUCUACAUAAUCUAUUACUUGAUCGGUCGCGGCUGCCAGGCCGCUAGGAACAGACGCAAAAGGGCAGGACAAAUUAUUCAGCAGCAGCAGCAUCAGCAGCAACAGCUUCCGCCGCGCCAAGGUGAAGUACCAGGGGUUUGUUUAAUAACGAUCGAUAUAGAACGGCAAAAUCCAUACGAACGCAACCGACAGUCUAUGCGGGUAGAUGCCAACCCCGCGAGGCCUGCGACUGCGCAAACAUUCCUCCCUGGUAUCAUCGACCCCGCCCACGACGACAUGUUUGAUGUGCAUAGGCGUGAUAACCGCCUAAUGCAGCCGCUCGGAUUAUUGCGGCGACAGAACGGGCCAACCAUCCACGAAAUACCAGACGAUACAAAUGCCGGGAGGGACACGCACGAGCAACCCGGGGACGGGAAUGUUAAUACAUCUAACGGUCGUUUAGACCCUCCUGCCACUCCGGAAGUGAAUCGCCCUUCGACUGUUAACGACAUUGAUGUUGCCAAUAACAACGACAGCGCCAUGAGUACAUUCGGUAAUGUGAAUUUCGCGUUUUCCACUGACGAGGAUACCAGUAAACCGCAUCAGGGGGGAGAGCGACCCUGGCCGUACGUGAGUUCGGGUAACACCGGUAGUGAAAUGAAGUGCCCCGGCCUGGCGGGGCUUUGGGGUAGUUAGACUUCGGUAAAUCAGUGUUAACUACAUUAGAACGUAUUCACACUAAUACUCGAUAAGAAAAGUUCCGUUGCCCAUGGCCAAUAGUGAAUUCGUACUUGGUCCUUUCUCGACCGAGGGCAUAUGUUAUAACUCUUGAAUGAUAGUGUUUUAUUACAUGACAUUAUAACAAUUAUAUGAAAGUAUUUACACUAAUAUUCGAUUAUUAGUUUCAUGUUGCGGCUUAAAGUCAACCGGUCAUCGGCAAGCAGAACUGUAGACAAUAUUCUCAAUUUACUUCCCUUCUUAUAGGCAAAAUAUACCAAACACUUCUUGUCUUAUAACAAAUUAUUUUAGCCACAAGAAUACUCGGAACUGAUGACCGGUUACCGAACCAUUGACUGGUCUUUAAAACUAUUGACCGGUUAUAUAGAAAAUGUCAUGUAAUAAUGUGUAAUAAUAGUGCGACUGGUAUUGAAAUAAAUCAGAACUACAUAUGUCUAACUGGGGCGAAGAUGCCCAUA